CUGCAGUUCUCAGAUACACCCACAGGCUCGUUACCGCGACAACAACCAAAAACCACACCCCACCGCCACCCAUCCAACCAAUCAGAUGUAUAUUCCACUCCCUCAGCUGGCGUUUUCCAUGGGACGGGAUGACUCUAAGCCAGCAGCCAGGAGACGAUCCCCAGUCACUCCCCAGACGCCAUAUGCUGAUGCCAUCAUGUCACAGCCAAUCAGAACAGGAGGAUUGUGGGAAGCCGAAAGAUGCUAGGACACAGGAAAUGGACAAGUCUUUGCUGGAGUUACAGAGGAAGUUGUCUGUUCUGGAGGAGGAACUGCAUGUAAAGUCUGACACAUUGAAGUCUCUUCAAAAUGAAGUGGCUCAGAGCAAGAAGGAACUCUCUGCCAGAGAAGUCAACCUGCAGAGAGCCCGCGAUGAGCUCAGCAUGGCCCACACACGAAUAGCCAAAGAGAGUGAACGGGCAUCAGGAGCAGAGCAGAGGUUGAAGCAGCUGCAAGAGGAGCUGAAGUGUCAAAGGCAGAACUCUGAGAGCAGCCGACUGCAGCACCAACAGCGCACCAAAGAGCUGGAGAAACAACAUCAGAGGGAUUUGUUGGAGCUUCAGAAGGAGAGACAGCAUCUGGAGAAGCAGCAUCAGCAGGAGGUAAAUAAGCUCAACCAGGAGCUCUCUCAGGCCAGGACGCUCUACAAUGCCCUGCAGGCUCAGGCUGACAAGGUGUCUUUACAGAAACAGGCAUUGGACAAAGAGCUGGAGACACUGAGAGAAAAACUGAAGUGGACGGAAGGACAACUGCAGCAGAGCCAGAAGAAAGAGACGCAAACACAAGCCAAACUGAUGGAAGCGUUGCGUGAGGCGGAGGGUGUGGCAGUGAGUCUGGAGCAGAGCAGGAAAAACGAGCGAGCUCUGGAGGAGGAGGGGAGGAGGCUGGCAGAGGAGCGAGACGAUGCCUUACGCCUCCUUAAAGAUCUGCAGGAACAAAAGGCUGUGCCAGAACCUCAACAAGCAGUGCAGUUUUGUCCUGUGGGACAGAGCUUCUCUGCUCAGAUGUCAAUCUCUCAUCAACAACAACCAUCAAACCAAACUAGAAGGCCCAAUACCACCAAUCGACCGAAACAGAGAAGAGAGGAGGAGGAGGAGGAGUAUGAUGAGAGAAGAGCUGUGUCCUACCCCACUGACAGAGAGCCAGGAGAAGGAAUAGACUCUGAACACAUCGCUACCAUUCUCUCCAAAGAAUCAGACUGUUUACAAAGAGAGGGACCCAGAAGAAAAACAAAUGAAGCGAAGCACAGAAGUGGAAACGAGGUGAUGGAGAUUGACAGCUCUGAGACAAACAGACACUACACAUGUGAGCAAGUACUCUCCACCCAGACCAGUACCUCCAUGGGUGUUGAUAACUGUACUCUGAUGCCUCCUGCUGAUCAGACCUCUUUACCUGAGCCUGAGCCCACCAAAGACCUCUUGACUGAAAAUGCCACUCUCCGUUCAGAGCUGUGUGAUGUGCGGGAAGAACUGCAGAAAAGGCUAGAGGACCUAGAAACACAACGACGGGCAGAGGCAGAAGCCAGGACUCGACUUAAACAGCUCAGCCGGAAAAAUGCCACUCAAUCUGUGGAAAAGGAGGAGCAAUACAAGGAGUGUAAAGCACAGUUGGAGAGAGAGAAGGCAGAGACAGAGAGGUUAAAGAAGUCACUGAAUGCCUUAGAAACAGAAAUGAAAAAAGGGAGAGAGGAAAGAAAUAAGGGAGAACAGAAGGACGAGACAAACAAAGAUCCACAAGACAGAGAGGAGGAAAUGAUAGAGCUUAAUAUUCAACUGAAGAAGCAGCUAGUGGAGGUGAAGGCCCAGCUAGCUUUAGAACGAGAAGAGAGAAAACAAGAGGAGAAGAUUAAAGCAACAAAAACAGACAUAGACUUAAAUAAGAAACUGGCAGAACUUCUUGCUGAAAUAGAGGAACUUAAGAGCAGAAAAGAGGACUCAAUGGAAGAAGAGAAACUCUCAUUAGCCAAUAGCCCACUGACUUAUCUGACCCUGCAUGAGGAUGAGCUCAACUCCAACAUUGUUGACUGUGACAACCAGCUCCUUCCUUUACCAAAGCAGCACCUCGUUUUUUGUCAGUCCACAAACCAGCACAACACACUUGUAUCUCAGUCAACAGCAGGUUUUAUCCAAGAAGAUGGAACACAGAUAGAUGAUGGCCACCCACAUCUGUUAAAUGACAAACAAUUAGAGCAACAGGAUUUGGACCAGGAAGAUGACACUCCACAGAACUAUCUAAGAAAAGGUUCAGACCAAAGACAGGAACAUUUUGACCUCCAGAAGGAUGCCUCUGCCUCCUCAGAAUUGGCAAAGGAGGUGGAACAUUUGCAAAGGGAAAAUGCAAGGGAGACGGAGCGAGCUGACCAAUGCCAGGUUAAACUGCAGGCCCUGCAGAGCCAGGUGACACAGCAGACCCAGCAUCUCACUAUGGCCUUUGAGAAGCAGAGCUUACACAUCUCAGGCUUGCUUGCUGAGCUUCAAGAGAAGGAGAGCACCCUCCUCAGGAAACAAGAGGAACUGCAGCUUUGCAAGCAGGAGCUUGAUGCACUCAAGUCUGAAAAACAUCGGGAGGACAGGACAAAAACUGAAGCGGUGUAUAACACAAAGCAGGAAGUGAAGAACAGAGAGAGAACAAGGAUGAGGAGUGCUCUGUCACUCCCUCCACUACAAGCUUGGCCACUGAUGGUGAAUCUGAUGCUGAUAGACCAUCUGAUGUUGAAACACCAGGGGUUUCUCACAGCAGCCAAAGCAAUCAUCAUGGGUUUAUAGAAUCAGGUAAUACAAAGACUAUCCAUGAUUCCAUCUUUGUGAAGAAAGAAAAUGGCAGUAAACAUGGAGAAACAGCUGAUGUAGACCCCACAAACUCAGCGUUACAGCCAAAUGAUGAAAUAACCUCAGAGGAGCAAAGGACACAUACUGUGCCAAGUGACAUCAAUGCUCAGGCAUGCAUAACACAGC